AUGAUACGUGACGAGCUGCACAGGUUUGCUAUGGAAUGGAACCUGCAUAGAAUUAGAAAGUCGGUAAAUGCAGAAUCUCCAAGUGGUCAACCUGAUGUCAUAUAUUUCCUCUCUUCAAGAACAGAUGAUGCAAGGGAUCUAAUUACGCCAGUUUCUGACGAAGAUAUAGAGAUUGCCCAACAGAGGUGUUGUGUCCAAACACCAGAACAUGGUUGCUCAGAAGAGUUUGUUGAAUUAGCGUCAAUUAUAAUGCUAGAGAAGCAUCUAGAAAUGCCUACCAAUUCAGAAGAUGCUGUUAUUUUAUAUUCAACCAUUGUAGAAGAGAUUGGACAAAUAUUAUAG